AUGGCUGAACCACAACCAAGCGCGAACCGCCCUAGACCGAGACCGCGUCCACGGCCCCGCCCUGCUGCGAGUCAGGCUAGCAAUGACGCGUCGUCUGCGACGCCUGACACGCCGUCCUCGUCGUCCUCGACGUUGAAGAUACCCCUGACGAUCACUGGUCAACAAAUUGUGAUCGAAGUCAAUAACUCUGACGACAUGUUCAUCCGGAAUAAGAACCGGACUUUUGAGCAGUGGCAGAAACUUGAUAAGAUUGACAGGGCUACUUCAGAGUCGAGAAAGUCGAAACCUGUUUCUAGUGAUAGCGAGAAUGGCACAACUCCCCGAAAGAGCCAUAAGAAUAAACGGGUGAAGCAGGAGCAGGCAUCGCGAAAGCACACCCCGACAUACAGACUCCAUUCAGAGGAGGAUUCAGAUGAUUCCGACCUAGAAGUUGUUGGCAGUUCAUCAUCUACAGACGACAAACCAUACGGGAAGCGCAAGCGUCAACAACACAGUCGUUCGCGGUCCAUCACGCCCCCUCCAGACGUCCCAAUCCACCAGAUUCAAACCGCAAAGAACCUCGUCCGAGAAGCAUUCCGAUCAACGCCUCGCCCCGCAUCGCCCGCAUCCGAGCCAGAAGAUUCCGGCGAAUCCAUCUCCUUCCAGCCAGAGGUCACAGCGAUCGCACGGGAAAUCAAAAAGCAGUCUGAGAGGCAGGACAGCCAGGCGCCGGAAGCGACGAGCGACGACCAGGUGACGGUGUCCAUCAAAUGGCACAAGCAUCCUCUGUCGCACGCCGCACCGAUUCCCAACGCGGAGUACCAGAUGGCGAGGACGGACACGUUCCGCGACCUCUUUGAGGCGGUUGCAGAGGACGGGGCCAUCCGCCCUGCCAACCUCAUCAUGACAUACCAAAACAAACGCAUCUUCCCUUCCGUCACACCUGAGAUUCUCAGAAUAUGGUCAGACAACAUCGAGCUCGAGGCAUACGAGGCGUCUGCAUACGAAUACAUCCAAGACAAGGCCGCAGAAGCACUCCGCCAACCCGUGAUACACCCCCCUCCCACCACCGCUCCCUCUUUAAAAGUAUCCCCAGCCGGCGUCAUCGAGAUCGACGACUCGGACUCGGACUCGGACUCAGCCUCCUACUCCCCUCCCCUUCCUCCCGGCGGCAGCACCUCCCAAUCCCAAUCCCAAUCCCAAUCGCACUCGCACACAAACCCGCACAACUCGGACGCCGAAUCCGAAGCAGCAGGCGAGAAACUCAAAGUGACCAUCCAGUCCUCGCUAGGCAAAGAAGUCCCGCUCGUCAUCCGGCGCACGACGACGUGCGGCGCGAUUGUGAAGGCGUAUUUGAAGAAGGUCGGGGUGGCGGAGCAGUAUCCCGAUCUAUUCGACCCUCCUGCACCGGCCGCCGCCCCUGCGGCUCCGGCGAAGAAGGGCAGGGGCAGGAAACCCAAGGCCACGCCGCCUGCGCCUGCCCCGCCCGCGCGGCCGCCGCCGGGUAAAAUUCCACAGUUGUCGAUUGAGGGCGAGAGGAUGGACAAUGAUGCGGUUGUCGGAGAGGACGUGGAGGAUGGAGACAGGAUCGACGUCGUUGGGCUCUGA